UUUAGGCGUACCCUUGGAAAUACCUCACUUUGCAACCGCGGUUCCGUUUGCCGAGGGGUUCCGUAGACAUUUUCUCGGAAACCACGUGGCCGGCGAGGACCGCCGGGUCACAUGCGCCGCCCGAUCGAUCGAUCGAUCGAUCGAUCGCUGAUCGAUGGUGAGUGAGCGUUGUGUAGCCCCCCCGUUCGCGUGCACCGUUGCUGGAGCGUAGUGGUGCCGAAGGAGGGUUACCGCGACGUGCAUGCGGGGCAGCAGAAAAACCGCAGAAUGAACACAUCUGGGCAGAACGCCGGCAGUGCUGUGAAGUGGGACACUUUGCUUAAGGACUACCGCAGCGAUGAAAAAUACAUGCAUGGAUAUGUGACAAGCGAGAGUGCCGUGAACAACAUUUUGGAGCUCUACAGACGAGAAACCUCCACAACAUUUACAGUCAGAACUUCUUCCCCUCUCUCAUUUGACCCUCUCAGGGGUAAUCACAAGUUUAGCACCCGCUCGCUUCAUUUUGACACAUACAGCUCCCCUAAGGUAAAUAGUGGUGGAAUGCCAUUCACUCAUGGUGGAAAGAAGAUCCUGGAAUGUCAGUUUGGCCCACGCAAAGAUGCAGGGAAAAAGGGCAAGGUGUUGAGCCCUCCAGUUCCGGUACUGAAUCCUGGGCAAGCCACAGACCAUGAUUAUCAACCAUCUCCUGAGGAAAUCAAAGCAAGAAAGAAACUUUAUAUGCAGGACACACGAAAGAAGGGGUGUGAGGCAAAGAUUACUGUGUGGCAGAUAUGCCUGUUUCCCGACUACACUGUAACCUCUAAGAAGAUGAUCAAAGUUGAGCAAACUAAUGAGAGGGAAAGACUGAUGCAUGACUUAAACACGGCAAAAGAAGUGCGGGUAGAGAACAGGUAUUACAUUGAUUUACCUCUGAAAUGUGCACACAGCAAACACUCUUUGGGAGGACUAUCGGGAAUGGCCCAGACUAUACAUCCACAGAUAGUCGAGUGGAUUUAUCAGCUGGUAGCAGAAGGAAUGACGGAUGCUGUGGAGAUGCAGGCCACGUUGAGGCACUAUGUCAAAACAAAGAUGGUUGAUGUCACCGCACCAGAUGAGAUGAACAGGGCAUAUUACCCACGAGUUGCGGACAUCAAGAACCACAUUUACAAGGCUAAAGUUAGACAGCGACUUACAAAGAUGGAUCCGAAAAAUGUGUGCGGAAAAUCGGAGGAUUGGAAGGCAAAUGAGUCUAACUUAUCUUUCAGGCCACACAGGAAGAGAAGGUCUGAAACCAGUACUUCCUCCUUGACACCCCUGGGGCAGCAAACUGAAGAAAUUUACCUUAAAGUGUUAGGACAGCCGGCUUCUACCUUCCAUGCCCCUGAAGAUGGAGAGAACGUAGAAGUGGACGACAGGCAAUAUCAGGACACCUUGCUUCUUGUACAUCCAGAACAAUGGCAAAAGGACGAUAUGAAAACAUCGGGAAAUUCCAUAUGUCUGGUUGAUGCCAGCUACACAGCACCAAGUAAAGAGAACAUGAGUAAUCCUGCAGCGGCCAUUAUUGAGAUGAGGAAGAACACUGAAGAGGAGUUGGAGGUCCUGAGAGCAAUGAUAUGCAACUGUAAUGACUUUCCAGCAUUGGAAGCCCUAAGUGGAGUAAUCAAAGCUCAACAAGAAAUACUGAGGCGGUCCCUUCAUUCAUCAGAGGGAGAACAUGAAACUUUAACAGCUACUUAGCAUUGGAAUCCCAGAAUAAAAACACCGAACCUCAGCUAGACAAAUCCAAGGGAGUCCUUUCCUUCAUCGCACGAAGGCCUUACACCACCACAAGCAUUUUGUUUGUCUAACAAGUGUAAUAAAAUGAAACGGCCCAAGUCAGACUCAGCACCACUCUCACUGGUUAAAGUGAAACCAUCAGAUGGCUUAACGUUCAGAAACGGAUAUGGUGUAAAGGCAGAGGCUGUGAUCAUUACUACAGAAGUCUAUAAACUGCACAGUGCUCUGCUCAGGCACUACCAAAGGGACAUAAGCCACCUCUCCAUCUCUGUCUCACACAGUCUCGUAACAACUGUUUUUGUUCAACUCUUACUGUAACAUAACUGUCGACAAUAAAUAUUUCCCACGUGUACUGUGCUCCCUCAUUUGAAACCAUCAGUUUUGGUAGCAGCAGUCGACAUCGGGCUGGCGGUGGUACUCGUAAAUGUACCAGUUAUUGAAAAAUCAACCUAGUUCAGUGUUUCCCAACCCAGUCCUCAGGGAACCCCUAUCCUGCAUAUUUUCUUUGCAACCCUGAACAGGUACCUGUUUGUGGUUAUUCAACCAAUCAGCAAUGACUUUUGUCAGACGUUGCACACCUUGCAUAAUAAGAGUGCUGCGAGAUGAUUGGUCGAGUAAGUACAAGCGGGGCUGCCUACGC